AUGCCUGACGCCUUCUUUUCCAGUAGCCGCAAGCGAAAGACCACUUCUACCAACAAUACUACUUCGACUACCAAAAGAGGUGGUAAAUCAGCACCACCAAAAAGACAACGCUCCCAACCUUCUUCAAACAACAACAACACUACCGGUAGUGGCAAAAAAUUGCUCGUCAACAAAAACAAAAACAAAAAAGAUAGCGACGAUGAAGACGACAAUGAACCUAGCAACAUUGAUGACAUGAACCUAAUGGCCUCCGAUGAGGAUUCCUCGGAAGAAGAAAUCGAAGAAACUGCAGCCGAGAAACGUGUUCGUCUUGCCAAAGCUUACCUUAACAAAAUCCAAGACAGUCUUGAAGAUGAUCUUGAUGGAUUUGAUGCCGCAGAUCUCGAUAGAGAUCUCAUUGCAGAUCGCCUUAAAAAGGAUGCGGAUGAAAUUGCAGGCAAACUUCACAGACGUGUCGCUGAUCUUUACGAUUUUGAAGCAAUAGACGAUUCAAGCAUCAAAACAUGUCGUGGACAUCAGUUGGCUGUCACUGCAGUAGCAUUGUCUGAGAAUGGCUCGAUUAUUUACACUGGUUCAAAAGAUGGAUCUAUUAUCAAAUGGGACGUAAAAACUAUGAAGAAACUUCAUACAUUCCCUGGUGGACGUAAAGGUGUCAAGGACUUUGUAGGCCACACAGACCAUGUUCUUUCACUUGCAUUAAGCUCAGACAAUCAGUACUUGGCAAGUGGUGGUAAAGACAAGAUUCUGAACAUUUGGUCUGUCAAGGAUAACCAACGUAUUUCAUCAUUCACACAUCACAAGGAUGCUGUUUCGGGCUUGGUAUUCCGUAAAGGAUCAAACCAACUUUACUCAGCAUCUCACGAUCGUACCAUCAAAUUGUGGAAUAUCGACGAACGCACCUACAUAGAAACCUUGUUUGGACACCAAGACCAAAUCACAGCCAUUGAUACCCUUGGUCGAGAACGUUGUAUGACUACGGGUGGACGUGACAAGACAGCUCGCCUGUGGAAGAUUGUAGAAGAGUCACAGUUGGUCUACAGAGGUGGUGUCACAACUAAGAUCACCGAUGGUGAAGAGGUCAGAUCUUUCACCGAAGGAUCUAUCGAUUGCCUUGCACAAUUGGAUGAGGAUAUGUUUGUUACUGGUGGUGACAGUGGUACUCUUUCAUUGUGGGAUAUCAACCGCAAGAAACCAACAUUUAGCUUUGGCGCUGCUCACGGCCUCAAGGUAGUCAAGAGUGAGUCAGAGGGAGACAUCAAGACACCAUAUUGGAUCACAGCUCUUGCAAGCCUACGAUACUCGGAUUUGUUGGUUUCUGGAUCUUGGGAUGGUUUUGUGCGUAUCUGGAAGCUUUCGAAAGACAACAAGAACCUGUCACAGAUUGGCCAGAUCCCUGUCGAGGGUGUGGUGAACAGCAUUCAGAUCAAGACCGUCUUCCCAUCAAAUCGCACACUGCUUGUCAUUGGUGUCGGACAGGAACUGCGGUCGGGUCGUUGGGUCAGACUCAAGGGAGUCAAGAACUGCACAAAAGUAAUCGAACUUCCAACAUUCAAGUCCAAGUCCAAGACAGAGACCGAAACCGAAACCGCACUAUAA